AUGACCACGACACCACCCCUCGCGACGGGUGCCAACCCUCCGAUUCCCGCCGAACAGCUCGCCGCACUUACAUCGCUGCUGUCGGGUCUCACCGCUGCCGCUUCCGGCACUGCCACACCCGCCACGACGUCCGGCACCACUCGCACUGCCUUUCCAAAGCACGCACGCUUGGAUGGUGCGAAGACCUUCGCGAACUGGACACGCCAACUUCGCCUGUGCCUAGCGGACGACAUCCGCUCGUACGUCCUCGACGGUAUCACACCCGACGACUGGACACCUUCGCAACGCUCCGCUCGCGACGCCGUCGCUCGUGAGGUCCUUGCGAAUUCGAUUGACUCGGCCGAAGUCUCGGCAGUCCUCGACAAAAUCCCUACCGCCGACCUGACAGCGCCGACAAUCUACUCGACGCUGAAAUCGCGGUACGCCCCUGACGACGCCACCCGCACGCUCGAGCUCUUCUCACGACUCUGGGGUUUCCGUCCCAUGCCCGGCACGGUUGCCGAAUUCGACGGGUGGAUCAUGGACUUCAAAGCCGUUGCGCAAGAGAUCAUCGACACAAAGACAACUAUCAAUGAUGUUCUCGCCACACUCCUCCUUGCAAUCGCCCACCCGUCCCUCGAGAGCUUCAAGGCGUCGUUCACCGAUGAACAGCGCACGCAACGAACUCUCCCCGACAUUGAUUCGCUUGCCGACCGUAUGCGAGUCCAACUUCGGUCAACGAACAUCCCCAGCACUCAAUCGGCCCUUCUUGCCUCGUCGUCGUCACGUUCUACUCGUCUCAAGUGUCUCGCCUGUCGCAGCCCUUCGCACCGAGUCGCGGAGUGCCCUACGAGGGCGCAACACCCGCCGCCAGGACCCUGUCGCUCCUGCAAGAAGAAGGAUCACUGGUCUCUCGACUGCAAGAAGGCGCUCGAGGACGGCAAAAAGCCCGACACCGCUGACUCGACCGUCGACUCGCAACACCAUGUCGGAUGUCUCGCCACCGGUCUUCUCGCUCGUCGUCGCCAGCUUCGCAACCACUCUUUUGUCGUCGACUCGGGCGCCACUUCGCACAUGGUCUCGGACAAGUCGCUGUUCACGACCUAUCGCCAUAUCGCUCCUACGAAGAUGUGAGGAAUCCACUCUCCGCUCGGCUCAGGACUUAGGCGCGCGGAGCGAACCGGGCGCGGACUUAGGCGCGCGGAGUGAGCCGGGCGCCCCGGCCCAGGACUUAGGCGCGCGAAGCGAGCCUGGGACUUAG